AUGAACAAAAAGGUUCCACAGAAAUACAUGAUUGUGUUCUUGCUGCUGCUUUGUUUGAUGAAAGCAAGCCUUGGUUUUCCAAUGCUGCAUUUAAUGCAAAUGUUUAACUUACUGGAAAGAGUCCCCGAGCAAACUCAGAGGAAUCCCCACUUAUUUGCGGCUCCAGCUCAGUUUGUUCAGCUCCAUGGAAGACAGCUAAGAUACAUGCAGCCAUACCAGAUGAUCCCAAUCAUGUUUGCACAGAUGAGACAGCAGGCUUUGUUGUCAGGUUCUGAUUCAGAGGAAAAUAUCUUGUCUGGAGUCAUCAUGAUGCCUGUCGAUGCAGGACUGGAUGGGAAUGCAGCCACCAUUCAUCAUGCUGGAGUUAUUAUUGAUAAUAGUAUAUUACAAGGACAAUCAGGACUCAAUCCUGCAGGCCAGCAUGGAGUAAGCACAGCUAAUCAGAAUAAGAAUCUACCAGAACUACCAUGGGUUAUGCCAACUACCCAAAACAAUGUAUCACUUCCUGAUAUUGUAAAAGAAAAUUUUAAAGAGCCUUUGCCAACCAUUACACCCCACAUUGACAUUGAAACUGCACCAGAACCCACCAUGCCUAUGGGAAGGGACAGUGAGUUGACUGUGAAUGCAAACACAAUGGGAGUAGAAAACUGGAUUUUGUGCAACUCUUAUGUGCCAGAUAUUCACGAAUUGCAUGAUCUUGUAAGAGGGGAUGGUUAUAUAGCUGUAAAGACACCAGAAUAUUUUACCAGUGGACAAGGCAAUAAGAACUUCAAAUAGAAUCUGACUGAAUUACAUCUUUUUGUCUGU